AUGGAUAGUGGAAGUGAUGAAAGUGAAAGCAGUGAUAGUGAAAGUGAGAGUGAAGACAGCUCUGAUGAAUCAAAUAGUGAAGAUGAAACUAAAGAUGAAGUUGAAGUUGAAAAAAUAAAUGAUGAGCCAGAAAUUCAACAGGAUCAUGAUACAAAAUUCUCAUCUAUAAUAUCAAGAUUCAACAAAUCAAUAGCAAAACCUAAACAAGAUGAAGAGGAAUCUGAAGAAUCAGACGAUCAAACAGAAAAACAUGAACUUAUACCAUUACCACAACCUGAAUUACCAAGAGAUCAAAGAUUAUCCCGUGCCUUGACAAAUAAUUCAUUAAAUUGGCUAGCAAACCCUCAAUAUAUCAAGACUGAUUCAACAAAACCAUUUAAUGAAUUUGAUAUUUCACCGAAAAUCUUGAAAAACUUACAAGAUUUGGGUUUUGAUAAUGCAUUUGCUACACAGAUUAAAACUUUAGAUUUACUAUUACCUGAAAUCAAUAAUAAAUUAAAUCCAAAUUCCAUAAAAGGUGAUUUAUUAGUUAAUGCAUCAACUGGGUCUGGUAAAACUUUAGCAUAUACAAUCCCAAUCAUUCAAUCUUUACAAAAUAGAAUUGUUCCAAAACUAAGGUGUAUUAUAUUAGUUCCAACAAAACCUUUAAUCAAUCAAGUUUAUAAAACUUUAAUCUCCAUUUCCAAAGGUAUUGAUUUAAAUAUUGUUACUUUAGGUAAAACUGAUUUGAACUUACAAGAUGAACAUUUAAAAUUGAAAACAAAUGUUCCAGAUAUCAUUGUAUCUACACCAGGUAGAUUAGUUGAUCAUUUAAAUCUACAAAGUAUUGAGUUGAAGAAUUUACAAUGGUGUAUUAUUGAUGAAGCUGACAGAUUAUUAAAUCAAAGUUUCCAAGAUUGGUCAAAUGUUUUAAUCAAAAAUUUGAAUUCAAUCAAUGAAGGUAAUAACUUAUCAAAAAUUUAUAAACCAAAUUUAAUCAAGAUGAUCUUUUCAGCAACUUUAACUACAGAUUCAGGGAAAUUAUCAAAUUUAAAUUUCCAUAAUCCAAGAUUGAUCAUUGUUAAUAAUGAAGAAAGUAUAUUACAAAAUGACAAGAUUUUCACAUUACCUUCACAAUUAUCAGAACAUGUUGUUAAAUUAUCAAGUUCUUCAUCAAGUCAUAAACCAUUAUAUUUAUUGAAAUUAUUAGAAUCAUUACAAUUUCCUCAUAAUGUUUUAAUUUUCACAAAAUCUAAUGAAUCAACUCUCAGAUUAUCAAGAUUAUUAUCUUUAAUUUCAAAUAAAUUACAAAUACCAUUAAUAAUAUCAAAUAUCAAUUCAUCACAAUCAAGAUCUGAAAAAUCAAAAUUAUUAACUCAAUUUGCCAAAGGUGAAAUUCAUAUAUUAAUUUCCACUGAUUUAAUUUCAAGAGGUAUUGAUAUUUUAACAAUUCAACACGUUGUCAAUUAUGAUUUACCAAACUCUUCAAGAGAAUAUGUUCAUAGAGUUGGUAGAACUGCUAGAGCUAAUAAUAAAGGUGAUGCUUACAAUUUCCUUAUUGGUAAAGGUGAACAAAAUUUCUGGAAUAAAUUUAAUUUGGAUAUUAAUAGAGGUGAUAAUGAAAUUAGUGAAAUAGAAUUACAAGAUAUUGAUUCAAUGAAAGAUGCUUAUGUCGAAUCAUUAGGUGAAUUAGAAAAAGAAGUUUUUGCAACAAAUUAA